AUUUCUGUACUAUUUGUCGUUGUUCCUUCCUUUCCCUUUCUUAAAUUUCUGGAAUUUCCCCCAUCUUUCAGUGGUCUACUCUCUACAAAGAGACACUUGGUCGGUCGGUCCAGGUUAACUACUGUUUGUUUGUUGUUUGAGAUCCUCGUUGGUUUUUUGGUUCACUGAUCCUCAGUCCCAUCAUUGAUCAUAUCCCCAUUUAAUUUAUUGUUCAGGUUCACCCAUCCGCCCACCAAUCUUCUUCAAUCCAUCAUUAUUAUUGAGACUGUACUACCUCAGCUCCACCUCCACUGUCUCCCGCAAUCUCACCACCAUUACAGAAAAUAAAAAAAACAACGCGAUCACCAUGGAUAUGUUAGUGUAAUAGUACUUCAAAACUCAGCUUGAUAUUGGGCUCCAUAAGAAGGGUUGGUGGGAUUCUUGUGUUUCUUGUCUCAAUCAGUCUUUAAGCCCCCCAGGAGACUAUAUAUAUACAUAUUUGGUUUCCUUCUUGAUUCAGGAGUUUUUUGUUUUUAAAAUUUUUUUGGUUUAAAUGUGUGGGACUAGCAUAACUAAUAUUGUGGUAUCGAAGAGAUGAAGUAUGCGGACGCUGUGUGACGUGUGUGAGAGUGCUGCGGCCAUCCUUUUCUGUGCCGCCGAUGAGGCUGCUCUUUGCCGCUCCUGCGAUGAUAAGGUUCACAUGUGUAAUAAACUUGCUAGUAGGCACGUGAGAGUUGGGCUUGCUAAUCCUAGUGAUGUUCCUCAGUGUGACAUAUGUGAGAAUGCACCUGCAUUCUUUUACUGUGAGGUAGAUGGAAGUUCUCUCUGUUUGCAAUGUGAUAUGAUUGUUCAUGUUGGAGGUAAAAGAACACAUGCAAGAUAUCUCCUUUUGAGGCAGAGAGUUGAGUUUCCUGGAGAUAAGCCUGCCCGUUUAGAGGAGCCAGCUACGCAAACCCUAGAUCAAGGUGAAAACAUGAGGGAAUAUGGUCCGUCAUAUAAACUAGUGGUUGGAGAUAAACAUCAGAAUCACAAGGUCCCUUCUAUUCCGAUUUCAGAUGGCAGUACUGAUGGGCAUGCCCAGGUGGAAACUCAAAUGAUAGAUUUGAAUAUGAAGCCAAAUCGCCUACAUGGUCAAGCUUCAAAAAAUCAGGAAUUGUAGCUGUGGAAGAUCGUUUUUCUGCUGAGGAUGGGCUAAAGCAACUCAAGACCAUAUAAGCACAACGUCCAAGCUUAUUUCUACUGUUUUGCGUGCUUCUUACUUUUGUUUUUGUUUUCUUUUAAUUUCCUCCCUUGAUGACAUUCCUGGCUCUACUUUUGUCGAGAUCUGACUAUGUUCUUAGAAUCUUGAAAAAGAUUUGCGAAUGCCACUAAGGAAGUAGAUUAUAUCAGACUACAUAAUGGGUAGAUUAGUGAUUUUGUUAAAGAAGACAUGGCUUAUCAUCAAGUGUAAUUUGACAUUUGUAUCUUGUUUGCGGUUACAGAUAUGUUAGAGAGACAAAAGCACGAGAUACUUGUCUCAAGUUGCCUGCUGCUUUAGUGUAUUUUAGGGAAAUAAUCUCUUUGGGCAGUCUUUUAAGUU